AAGAUGGCCGACAAAAGUAGAGAUAUUACAGGGACAGAUAGUGAAAAAAGUGAAUGUGGUUAUUCACCAGCAGAGAAACCUGAGAAACGAAAGUCAACAGGAGAAGAUGGACCUCCCACGAAAAAGAUCACAAUGAAUAUCAAGUCAUUGAACCAAGACCCUGCUCCUAAACCACUGAUGGGUUUUGGUAUCAAGAAACCAGCUGGUGGAAUUAAGAUGUCACUCAAUUCACAGAAACCUAAAGAAGUGACAGUGACCACAGCUAUUGUGAAGAAAAGUACAACUGUAGCUCAGGCUUUUAAUUCUGAUAGUGAAGAAGAGGAGGAAGAAAUGCCACCUGAAGCUAAAAUGAGAAUGAAAAAUGUUGGAAGGCUUGAAACAGAAUAUCUAUCAAAAGAAAACUUGUAUUCAGCUUAUAGAGAAUCAUAUAUCUUGUUAGAUUUCAACCCAGCAUUCCCCUGUCAAUUAAUCAGGGAAACACCUACAGCAGCUGGUCCAAACUCAUUUGGUAAAGGAAAACUUGGUUUCACUAAUCAUCAUAGAAUAUUAGAGAAAGAAAUAGAAAAACAGAUAAAAGAAUCUGGGGAUUAGGGUUUUAUUUUAUUGGUUCAUUUUUCUCAUUGUAUAUUUCUCAUUAUCAUAUCAUGUAUAUUUGAUACAUCAUUAAAACUGAUGCAGAUAUAGAUUUCAUACACUGACUUCCAAGCUUUGUUUUCUUCUUGCAUUCUCAAAUUUACAAGGUACAUCAUUAAAUAUUUAUGACAUAAUCGUAAUAAUGAAAUGCUUUUUCUUACUUAAAUGAAUUUUUUUACAAUAUGGGUAUAUGUAAAAACUGAAAACAGGGCUUGUCUGCUUGUAAAACUGAAAAUUAGGAUGUAAUAUUCCAUUUUAUGUGAAUAAGGAAUGCUUAAGGAAAAGUCUUUGUAUGUUACGAAAAAAGAAUGAGAAUCUGUGAAGCUAAUGUAUUUGUAAUUAUUGUUUGCAACUGAUAUUAUUAUUUUCCAUUGUUCGUUUUAAUCAAAUUGAUAAAAGUGUACCAUAAACUCCUCUCACCUCAUUGUGUUUCUUGAGUUAUGAACUGUGCAGCAUGGUUCCAAGUUAUGCUAUAAUGUCUUCCAGGUGAUGGUUUAUUACCUGUUAGACAUCAUUUCAUCUUUAAAAAAUUAUUAAACAAUAAUGAGCUGGUUUUAUCUGCAUCUGGUACAAUGAUAGCAUUGAUUUUCCCCAUUCUUCUGCAACUCCACUUUACCUUAUGGUUUUAUGACAUCAUAUUUGCAAAAAACUGCUUUUAAUAUCUAAGGCUCUUUACGAUAGUGAUGUUAUGGGAAUUGCAAGAACGAAAGAAUCAAGAACCAUGUAAUCCUAUACAUCACUGUAUUUGCAUGUGUUUCAUUUUAUUGUGUCUUUAUAAGCCCUACCAUCUUCACACCGUGUUCAGGGUAUUAUGUCUUUAUCUUAAGCCCUCACUGCAAUGGCCCACUACCUUUUUUCAUGGUCAGCAAUUAGAUUGAAUUGUAUGCCAGCAAAUACAGCCAAUCAGAGCCCUUAAUUUCUAUUAUUAUUUUUUUACAGCCUUUCUGCCGAGGGCUCAGAUUACCUGUAUUUUCUAGUGUAUAAUCCAAUUAAAUUAUGAAAUAAUGGAAAUAAUUGUGAUGAUCUGAAAUGUAAUUAUAUUUAUUACAAUAAAUUAUUGUUUUAUAUGGGUU